UCGAGCCUCGCUGCCACUGUCCUUCUCGCUGCGCCUGGCUUUGAUCUAUAAUUCAUGCUGACAUGUCGAGAGUGCGCAAGCGCUGCGAGUGACGGCCAUCCCUAUGAUUAGGAGAUCAGCGGCAAAGGAAGCCCUAGCUCCGGCAGACGAGGACUGCAUCCCGGUGUAUUUGGAUGCGAAGCCAGCCCAGGCACAGACUGACAGGUCGGAGCCGUCCGAGCUCCAAGUGUAACCUGGUUUUUAAAGGUCAAAGCCCGCGUGGAGACCAUGGACGUCCGGAGGAUCGACUGAGCAGCAGAAACCUGGAUUCCCGGGAGCGUUUUUGAUGUGUUGUGGAGUUAUGGAUCUUAAUGGUUCCUGUUUGGAUGCAAACCAUACGCCCAUGCCACGGUGUGAGUGGAUGUUGCUCCCAUCAGCGUCCAGGUUUGGGUACAGCGAAGCGUUGAGUUGUUACAGUUUAAAUUAGUAUUAUUAUUAUUAUUUAUAUGAUUAUUAUUGGGAUGGAGAAUCUAAAGAAAACAUGGAGAUAUUUAGUCUCUCCAUCGCCUUCCCUGUCUCGUCCUCUGGGAUAACAGCGCCAGAAUCACCGCACUGCCUCCACGCAAUCUUUUGCUGACAAUGUUUUCCCCGCAACUGACAGUCUGAAACCUCCGCCGGACAUUUAAACCCACGCACACACACGCAGACCCCCCCGCACGGACUGAUGAUGUGAAAACCUCUCAGACUCUGGAGAAUGAUCCACGCUGGCAUUCAUCUGCCUCCACCGAUUCGAAGGUUCGUGUCCGCCGGAUCCCACGGACUGAUCCAGGCCGCCGCGCGCCCUCGGAGGCGUGCUCGUUGUGAUGCUGAUCAUGAUUGCAUUGAAUAUUUGCCACCCGACCGUCGGCCUGUCUCCCUAAGAACGCCUCCGCUGUCCCGAACCGGGCCGGGCCUUUAGUGCAGAGGCUGCACGCUCAUCAGUGUUGGAUUUAGCCUGGAGGGGCUUGGAGAGAUGUAGGGCGAACAUCCGCGGAUAUCACAUACAAAUAACGGCCUAUAUGGACGGGGAUGGUCGGCGGGGGAGGUGCACCGAUUGGGGGCUGGAUGAGAAAUAACGUGGAUCAAGGAUUCUCAAAGCGAUUAUUAUCAACAGACUAACAUUGAUGAUGAAUAUACAAUCAUCCCUGUUUUUGUUGUCGUUUUUUAUUGAACUCCCAAUAAACACAAACAGAUAGAAAUAGAUCAAUAAACAGCAGCAAUAUUUCAGUUAAAUUGCAUUUUUGUACCAGAUUUUCCUGAAUUUUAGAAGAUAAAAAGGAGCUUUUUGAACAUUUUUGCUGCACUGGAUAUUUUGAAAGACAAAUUUUGUGACUAUUUUCUCACUGAGAGAACCUAAAGUUUUUUUUUUUUUAAAAAAACACCUGCUGCUUCAUGGUUAGACACCAUUUUUCAUGUAAAAGUCGUCUUUCAAGAUUCUUUCAAAGAGUCAGUAGGUUUUUGGGCCCCAGAUCUGCUGUAAUGAGAGUCCCCGUUUGACCUGGUGUUAAUAGUCUUUGAAUUUGUCUUGGGAAUACAUGUUACUUACAGAGCAUGAAGCAGAGUUAAGCACAGAUUCAGCUGUGGGAUGCAGCGAUGGAGGAGAGCCCACGCGGCUCUUCUGAGCCUCUAACCCCUGCCUCCCACUGUGGUGUUCCAGGACACCUCGUCUCGUUCGAUGGGCACUGCAUGGAUUUUGUGCCUGAGUUGACAAAGGGCAGGCCUCCAGCUUCAACCAGCAGUUAGGUUGCAAUGAACCCAUACGGCAGAGCGAGCACAACAGCGGACCCCCUGUCCUGCACCAGCUGUGGGGGUUGCUGCUCAUCGCCUCCUCCCUGUCUCAUCCCCCCUGGGCCACCAUUCUCCUCUAAACCCUCCAUGCCUUUGAAUAUGACGCCUCCUCCUCCUCUGAUGCUUCCCUCCCCGAUUGUGCAGGUGGAGAACGGUAGUAGCUGGAACUCCUCCACUAUCUCUUCAUCUGGUUCUCCAGACUCCCAUUCUGGUCACAGAUGUGGCACCACCAACCCUUACUGGACGGCGGUGUUUGACUAUGAAGCCACUGCUGACGAGGAGUUGACUCUGCGACGUGGGGACCUGCUGGAGGUUCUCUCCAAAGACUCAAAAGUAUCAGGGGACGAGGGGUGGUGGACAGGCAAGAUCAAGGACAAGGUGGGUAUUUUUCCUUGUAACUAUGUCACAAGGGGCGACGCGGCUAGCUACCAGCAGCUCACUGCAGGCGGGGUGGGUGAGAGCCCCGUGGAGAUUGACUUCACAGAACUGAUCCUGGAAGAAGUCAUCGGUGCUGGAGGUUUCGGAAAAGUCUACAGAGGAGUUUGGCGGGCAGAGGAGGUGGCCGUGAAGGCUGCCAGGCAGGACCCAGAUGAGGACAUAAGUGUGACGGCAGAGAGCGUGCGGCAGGAGGCAAGGCUGUUCUGGAUGCUCCGGCACCCCAACAUCAUCGCUCUCCGAGGAGUCUGCCUGCGGGAGCCUAACCUGUGUUUGGUGAUGGAAUACGCCAGAGGAGGGGCUCUGAACCGGGCCCUGGCUGGAAAGAAAGUACCCCCAAGAGUGCUGGUGAACUGGGCGGUCCAGAUUGCAACAGGGAUGGACUACCUGCACAACCAAGCAUUCGUACCCAUCAUCCACAGAGACCUCAAGUCCAACAAUAUCCUCAUCCUUCAGCCGGUGGAACGGAACGACCUGGGCGGGAAAACUCUGAAGAUCACAGACUUCGGUCUUGCUCGAGAGUGGCAUCAAACCACCAAGAUGAGCGCUGCCGGCACCUACGCCUGGAUGGCCCCAGAGGUCAUCAAACUCUCCCUUUUCUCCAAAAGCAGCGAUGUGUGGAGCUUUGGUGUUCUUCUCUGGGAACUGCUGACUGGAGAAGUUCCUUACAGGGAAAUCGACGCUUUGGCAGUAGCCUAUGGGGUGGCCAUGAACAAGCUGACCCUCCCCAUCCCUUCAACCUGUCCUGAACCUUUUGCUCAGCUGCUAACAGAGUGCUGGAGCCCCAACCCCCACAGCAGGCCCUCCUUCACCAGCAUCCUGAGGCGACUACUGACCAUCGAGCAGUCAGCCAUGUUUCAGAUGCCUCUGGAGUCCUUUCACUCCUUACAAGAAGACUGGAGAGUGGAGAUCCAGCUGAUGUUUGACGAACUAAGGACCAAAGAGAAGGAGCUGAGAUCCUGGGAGGAAGCGCUGGCCCGUGCGGCGGAGGAGCAAAAGGAGCAGGAGGAGCAGCUAAGGAGAAGGGAGCAGGAGCUGGCGGAGAGGGAGAUCGACAUUGUGGAGCGGGAGCUGAACAUAAUCAUCCAUCAGAUGUACCAGGAGAAGCCCAGUGUCAAGAAGAGAAAGGGUCACUUUAAGAAGAGCCGGCUGCUGAAGCUGGGCAGAGACAGCAGCUGCAUCAGCCUGCCCUCUGGGUUUGAGCAUAAGAUCACUGUCCAGGCUUCCCCCAGUGUGGACAAGAGGAAGAACCAGGGAAGUGAGAGUACCACGCCACCGGCCAGCCCGGGAGUGAUUCCUCGCCUGAGAGCCAUUAGAUUGACGCCGAGCGACGGCAGUAAGACGUGGGGCCGCAGUGCUGUCUGUAAGAAGGAAGACCUGGGGUCCAACAAGAAGAAAGGACGCACCUGGGGCCCAAGCUCCACGCACCAGAAAGAGCGUGUCGGCGGCGAGGACAAGUUAAAAUCUCUGGGCGAAGGAUGCAAAGUUUAUUCAUCAAGCGCACCAAAUCUUGGGAAGUCUCCCAAACAUGCACCUAUGACGGCUGGUUUCUCCAGCCUCAACGAAAUGGAGGAGUGCUUUGAGCCUGAGGAGUCUCCAGGGGGUUUACCAGCUUCCGAGAAGACCGGUAAUGGGGCCUUGGAGGACUUGUGGGGAAGUCAGGGUCUCAGCUUGAUGCCUGCGUGUGGUACUAUUGGCUCAUCUCCAUCUGGAGGCCCCGGUGUGAGUGGAAGCUACCAGGAAUCACUUCGUCGCUGCAGCCAGAGGAAGAAGAGCGAUAUGUUUCUGCUGGGAUGUGCCUCUCUGCUCGCCUCUGUUGGCCUGGGACAAGAUCUGUCGCAGCUGGGAAAACUACAGGUGCAGCAGGAUGAACAGGACCUCAGGGAGGAGCAGAGGAAGAAAAAGGAAGGUCUCUUCCAGAGGACGGGACGCUUCCGCCGCAGCACGUCUCCCCCCAGCAGAAACCUCUCCUUAACCCUCUCCAGACACCACGACUCUGCGCUCGCCUGCAUGGACCCGUCUCCCUCUGUUACACUCCUUUCUUUGUCCUCCUUGUCCGACUGCAACUCAACCAAGUCCCUUCUCCCCUCCGACUCUGACGACUACCCCAUGACCCCAGCUAGCAGGGUCAAAACCCCAGCAGCUUCCCCAGCUCCCGCCCUCAACCCGCUCUUGGACCUACGGGCCGAGAGCUUCAAGAAGGAGCCCAACCAGUCCCUCACACCCACUCACGUGUCUGCGGCCAUGGCUCUGAACAGAGGUCACAGACGCACCCCCUCGGAUGGAGCCAUACGACCAAGAGCCCAGACUUUGGGACACCGGAGGACGCCGUCAGAUGGAAGCAUGCCCAUGCCUCCUCCACCAGGAGCACCAAGCAAAGGUUUCCAGGACACUCGGGACAUCCCUCGGCUCCCUGAUCCCUCCAUCAUCUUCCCUGUUCCACACCGACGCAAGGCACCCCCUCCCCCACCUCCAGACCCAGAUCCCGUCUGCCUCAUCAGCCCCUUAGAGAGACCCAAGACGCUGGAGUUUGCACCCCGCCCGCGACCCACUCCGGGCCGGUUACGAGCCGCCAACCAGCGUCGAUUGGGCUCCGUGUCCCGGACACUCAGCUCGUCGCCGGGCAGCAGCUGUGACAGCCCCUUAGGGUCGGGGGACAGCAGCGCCGGCGUCACACGGCCCAACCUGAUGGACAUGGACAUGGAGGGCCAGAAUUUGGACAACACAGUUCCUCUGUGUGGACAGCAGCAACCCGCCACUCUAUGUGGACAACAGUACACAUAAUGAAGCACACAUUUCAAACUCCUCCUGCAGUCAGAGCUGUUUCACAAACCAGAGGUCUGGUCUGAGCCAAGCAAAGUGCACUCACUGAAGUCUGCAGAAACCUCUUGUUUUUUUAGGCUCCUAAUUGAAGGCUGUCCUCUCAUGUGUCCAAAGAAAUGAGAAACCCGUUCACAGCAUUCCUAGAUAGAUCUCUACAACCUGCACAAUGAGGGUCUACGGAACCUUCUAAAAGCCUUUUAGCGUGCUCGUCCACCUCAGCUCCCCUACUUCAUCCUUCUCUCUCCUUGAAAGCUUUUUUUCCAGUUACUUCUUAGACCAGAUGACAUUUCCUUUAAAGCCGUUAAAGUACUCAACAGUGACACUUCUUGACUUUCUGGUCAUUUCGUCCGUCUGUUAGCUCAUUUCUGUCACUCUUGUUUUCCGGCAUCUUCUCCGAUUUAAGACGUUUGUUGCAUCAGGAGUGUUUCUCUGGACACUUUGAUCAGAGGUUACGCCUCUUCUAGUUUAGGUGUCAUCUUGUUUUGCACACUAUUUGUUCUGUAGGAACGCUAAUGUCGUCAACAAGUCUUCUCCGUCAGCCUUCACUCUGUUCCCCCUUCAAGCCUGAGACAUAAAGCCUUUUUUUCACUCCUCCAUGGAGGUCUGCUCACACGUUACUGUCUCAGUGCUUUCAACACCUGAGCAAAAAUUGUGGAUUUGUUGAUUUUUGCAGACCAGGUUUGCUUCUCUUUGUGUGAAUGUGCAUACUGUAUAUUGCAUUACACGUGUGGAUGAACAAAGUGUUUGUGUGUGCCGGUGUUUUUUUUUUUUUUUUUAAGUGCAUGUUGUUCUACUUGUGAUUGGUUUGCUGUGCACUACAUGCAGCAUUGUUUUCCGGAUUGCUGCACAUGCUCCAAUGUGUCUUUUUUGGGAAUGAAACAUUCCUUCGUAGCAGUCAGUAUCACGCUGCAUGGAUCCCACCCAAACAGAUGCAGAACAGGAAAUGGGCCUGCUGACUUCAGCUUUGAUCUCAUGUUCAUGCAUUUUGAAGCUUCAUCUCCUCCAACUUGCUAUUUUAAGCAUCAGUGACACUUUAGGAGCAACUCUGUGUGACUUGCUGGUCUUUCUGUGGAUUCAAAGUCACAACUGACAAAUCAGCUUUUCUCUCCGGAGCGUUUUUAGUACGAAGGACGAGUGUAUGUAUGCGUUUGUGUGUGCUGGUGUUUGUAUGGGAUCAUGUCAGCGGUAGAAGAGUGACUCUGAUCUGCAUAAGAACACUGAGUAUUUAUUGAAUCUAUUGUUAUUGCGGGAAAGGAGUCAUUAUUUGAGUGCUUUUCCUGGGAUAUCUGUAUAUAUUUGUUAAUAUAUAAGAGGAAAAACACAAGGAUAACCUGGGAAACUUCUUAUUGGAACAUCCAUGUUGUCUUCAGUCUCAAGCCUGUGACAUGUCUGGGUUCAGUGAGGAAUGAAAGGCCAAUAAAAAUAAUUUAAAAAGUU